GUAUCCAGGGAGCCCCAAGCACUGGCUCCUCCCUGGUGAGCCUGGGGAGAGGGUGGGAGCCUGAGCAUCUGAGGAGGGAAGGUGGCCAGGGGCCCAGGCAGACCUUCAGCCCCUUUGGGCAUCGCUAUGGCCCACCGCCUCUCUCCUUCCAGCCCUUAGGGUGAGCCCUCAUUUGGAAGGGGGGCCCCCUCUCCUGCAUCCCAAAGGUGGUGAGAGAUAUGUUGGGAAUCUCCCGCCUUCAGUCGCUCUCUCACAAGGUCUUUAUUUUUUUCUUUCCCCUCCUCAUUCCCUUAAUUGCAGAUGUUCUAAUUAAACCCUCAAAUAGUUGUUAUGCCGUUUUAAAAGGUACUUAUUCAAGUGUCAACCAGGCUGGGCUGGGAGGAGGCAGCGUAGGGCGGCGAAUUAAAGGUAGAUUGACUAAUCACGGCGGCGAUCAUAAUAAUAAAAUCAGAGGGAAAAAAAUCACAUUACGACUUUUCGUGGAAAGGAGGGAGCAGGCAGCCAGCGGCCGCCAGCCCUGCCGCCGCCGACACAAAGAGUGCGGGCGAUUCCGCGAGACUGAUUUAUGACGUUUUACAGCCCUAUAAAAGCUGUAGCGACGAGGCAAGCGCUCCUACCACCGCUGGCAGAUUUAGUCUAAUAAAUAAAACAUAAACAGUUAACUUUAUGUGUCACUUUUAUUGUUAUCAAGUAAAAUAUAGCUGAGCCCCGGCAAGCUAUGAUUUUAAACUAUAAUUGUUAUCAAGUACAACAAGGGGACCUGGCUCCCUCCCUGGGCUCUCCCUUCUGCCACCCCCCCCAACUCUGAGUAAUGGGAUCAGUUAAUUGGAAUUGGUGGCAUGAUGUGGCCACACCAGCUUGGGGGGGGGGCAGUCAGAAAGCAGCCGUUCCUUGCCCCCUCCCUCCUCCAUGGCCCUGCCACCCCACCAUCAGGGUAUUCCUGUGGGUGGGUGGCAGAAAGAGGGGAGGGGGCAGGAAUGGACUGGAGAUCCCCAAGGCCCGCCCAGCCUCCCCAGUUUGGUAAGCUCACCCCUCAGCCUUUGGAAGGCAGCCUGGAGCUGGCCCUGGGGAAUGUGUGUUUACAUGUAAACACAUGUGUUACAUGGAUACAAUCCCAGGCCGGAAGCAGGCUCUAGCCAGACAGGCCUCCCUCUUAGCUAGGUCUGCCCUCUGUGGGGAUGGAGAAAGAAGAACUCCCAGGGCCGUGGCUGGGCCCCAUCACUGGGCGCUGACUCCUCGCAGAUCGCUCUCCUCCUUGCCCCAGCUACUUAGGAACCAGCCUUGGAGGUAGCAGGAGGUAGCAGUCAGAAAGCAGCAGGCCAGAUGAAAUGGAGAGUGGAAACAGCAGCCAGCGCCGGGGGGCUCAACCCCCAGACCUCCAGAAAUGACGUCAGAAUCAUUUGCAUCCCGCUGCCUCUACCUGCCCUGUCCAGCUGGGACCCUGCCUCGCCAGCCCCCUGGCCAGAGGGUUGGAGGGGCGCUGCCCGGUGACCUACACAGACUGAGACAGGAUCGCCAUGAAUGGAGACCUCUGGAAAAGCUCAGGAGCCCAGGCCCAAGGGGCCCACCGGAGGCCCAAGCGGAGACCUCGGGAGGGAGCUGAAUCACAGCCUCCCGACGGCCCCCCAAUGCCCAGGCUUUGGAGGGGAGCUGGGGGCUUCCCAUCUCCUCUUGCAGGGGAGGGUUGUCAGUCAGCGGGGUGUGCACUCGGGGCACCCCAACCCCUGCCAGCUAACCCCACAUCACCACCACCACCACCACCCCCAACACCACCACCACCACCACCACACACAAAAAAAAUUGGAUACAUUUUGAAUAAAGCGAUUCGGUUCCUUAUCCGGGGACUGGGUUGCUCCGUGUGAUUGGCCGGCGGAGUCACAUGGUGAAAGUAACUUUACAGGGUCGCUAGCUAGUAGGAGGGCUUUAUGGAGCAGAAAAACGACAAAGCGAGAAAAAUUAUUUUCCACUCCAGAAAUUAAUGAUCAUGAGCUCGUAUUUGAUGGACUCUAACUACAUCGAUCCGAAAUUUCCUCCAUGCGAAGAAUAUUCGCAAAAUAGCUACAUCCCUGAACACAGUCCGGAAUAUUACGGCCGGACCAGGGAAUCGGGAUUCCAGCAUCACCACCAGGAGCUGUACCCACCACCGCCUCCGCGCCCUAGCUAUCCUGAGCGCCAGUAUAGCUGCACCAGUCUCCAGGGGCCGGGCAAUUCGCGAGGCCACGGGCCGGCCCAGGCGGGCCACCACCACCCCGAGAAAUCACAGCCGCUCUGCGAGCCGGCGCCUCUCUCAGGCGCCUCCGCCUCCCCGUCCCCAGCCCCGCCAGCCUGCAGCCAGCCAGCCCCUGACCAUCCCUCCAGCGCCGCCAGCAAGCAACCCAUAGUCUACCCAUGGAUGAAAAAAAUCCACGUUAGCACGGUGAACCCCAAUUAUAACGGAGGGGAACCCAAGCGCUCGAGGACAGCCUACACCCGUCAGCAAGUCCUGGAAUUAGAGAAAGAGUUUCAUUACAAUCGCUACCUGACCCGAAGGAGAAGGAUCGAGAUCGCCCACUCGCUGUGCCUCUCUGAGAGGCAGAUCAAAAUCUGGUUCCAAAACCGUCGCAUGAAAUGGAAGAAGGACCACCGACUCCCCAACACCAAAGUCAGGUCAGCGCCCCCGACCGGCGCUGCGCCCAGCACCCUCUCCGCAGCCACCCCGGGCACUUCUGAAGACCACUCCCAGAGCGCCACGCCGCCGGAGCAGCAGCGGGCAGAGGACAUUACCAGGUUAUAAAACAUAACUCACACCCUGCCCCCACCCCAUGCCCCCAUCCUCCCCUCACACACAAAUUGACUCUUAUUUAUAGAAUUUAAUAUAUAUAUAUUUUUUGGUUCUUUUCUCUCUUCCUCCCACCUUACCCUUGUCAAUUCCAAACAGACAAAAUGGAUAAACAAACAAGCCCCCUGCCCUUCUCUCCCUUCCACUGUUAAGGACCCUUUUAAGCAUGUGAUGUUGUCUUAGCAUGGUACCUGCUGGGGUUUUUUUUUCCAAAGCCAUUUUGGGGGGUUAUUUAUUUUUUAAGGAAAAAAAGCUGCAAAAAUUAUAUAUUGCAAGGUGCGACGGUCUGGUUUGGGUGAAUUUCAGGGGAAAUGAGGAAAAGAAAAAAGGAAAGAGAGAUUUUUAAGCCAAUUCUCCUCCUUCUUCUCCUCCUCCUCCUUCCCCCCUCUUUCCUUAGGCCUUUUGCAUUGAAAAUGCACCAGGGGAGGUUAGUGAGGGGGAAGUCAUUUUAAGGAGAACAAAGCUAUGAAGUUCUUUUGUAUUAUUGUUGGGGGGGGGUGCUGGGAGGAGAGGGAGGAAGACAGCAGACAAAGCUAGAUGCAUCUGGAAGGCCUCUCAGAGCUGUUCAGUUUGAGGAGCCAAAAGAAAAUAGAAAUAAACUUUCAGUUCAGAGAGGCAGUGUAUAGGUAGACUCUCCCCACCCCCUCAUCGUGGUUAUUGUGUUUUUGGACUGAAUUUACUUGAUUAUUGUAAAACUUGCAAUAAAGAAUUUUAGUGUCGAUGUGAAAUGCCCCGUGAUCAAUAAUAAACCAGUGGAUGUGAAUUAGUUUUA